CCUAAUGGGCACACACACACAUGCAUACACACACACACACACACACACACACUUGCUCGGCCCGGACGGCCAUUCAACUGAGUCACGGAAUGCCGCCGCACUCGGUGUGUGUCGCGCAACUCGCGCUCCGGUGUCCAGUAUUUGUUCGCCGAUUAGCAGUGGCGGUCGUCGUCGGUUUAGGGCUUUGGUUUCCGGACCGGACCGCUGAACGGUGGUAGUUACCUUUCUUCCAUUCGUGUUUCCAAGUACGCGGGGAAAAGUCGAAAGAAAAGCUACACCGGAGAAAGUGAUUUGAUAGCGCUACACCGAUCUACGAACCCGAUCAGAUCGGCGGUGUUCUACGGCGAGGCUGUGUGCAAGUGUCUGUUAGUGCCAUUCGCCGGUUGUGCGGGGGAGUGUUGAGAAUUAGAAAUUUCCGCAUGCACAGUGUGAGAAGAGUGAAGUGAGAAAAAAAGCGGUUGUUGUUUUUCAACCCCAAACCCAUUAGUAUCGUGUCAGCAGCUCUCCGAAGUGUGCUCGUGGGGAGGGGUUGCCGAUCGCAACGAGCACGUAGUUGGAAGUGGGGCUCGCAAAGAGACGACGAUAACACAGCCGUUAGAUAGCACGAAUAAAGGGAAAAAUAUUACACUGCUCUGUGUGUUCAUGUGUGCGUGUGUGUGUGUGUGUGUGUGUCCACUUUCGAGAUAAAACCUAACCGAGCCGAGUGAAGUCAGUAGAAACUGUGUGUGCCGUAGAGACGACGUCUCAUCAUCUCGUUUCGCAUUCAACUCCGUUGAAUCGUCUUUUUUUCUCCUGCCCCCACGAUCAUCUUCGCCUCGUGAGAAGUGAACUGUGAAACGUGGAACGAAGGCAACCGCCCCCCGAAGUUUGCGCAACAUAUCAACGUGGGUGGGUGGGAAAACAAAAUGAGCAGCCAUGGUGGUGGUGGUAGUGGUAGUGCCAACAACGAAGACGACGUUGAGGAGGCAAUCCAUCAGUCGUACGCCCGGCCGAAGAAGCAGACGACGCACUUGAAGCCCGCUGGUGAUCGCGUUUCGUGUGACAGCGGUAUCUCGCUGGAGGAUCCGGCGUUAAUCCACACCCCGGCCAACCAACCCCCUCCCACCGCGCUAGUGCGCCGCCCGAAGGGUAAUGGUGGUGCCGCAUCGUACGUACGGCGGCUAACGCAACUGUUCGAGAACCUAACGCACGACGAGCUGCGCCAGGAGCAGGAACGACAGGAGCAACAGUGUACCAUGGGCACCUUAGCACCGCCGGGCGAGCUGCAGCAGGUAGCCGAGGAGUCAACCACACCGGAAGUGACCGAAGACGGCCCGACAGCGCCACCCCUCCACCAGCUCCGUGCAGCAGUUCCGUGUCAAGUGCCGAUCGUGGUGGAAAGUGUGGUGGAAAGUGAAAAUUGCCCCGGCGCGAGUGAAGCGUCGAACGAUGCGGAAAUUGCACAAGACGCAUUAGCGCCGCUGCUGCCGGCCCGUUCGCGCAGGUCCAAUUUGGAGGCCAGCGCGGAAGAGCGCGCUAUGGCGAUGAGUGUGCGUGCGAGUGGUGGUGCGGCAGGGGGCAAGAAACGGCUCAGCCGACGACGUCAAACGUUGCAGGGUGUCGUUGGUGGUGGUGGUGGUGGUGCAGGAGCGAGGGCACUCGGUUACACUACGCCCGAGCAGAGUGAUAAGACGGAUGGGGAACAGUGCUACGACUACAUGUACGAUGACGAUGAGUUCGAUACCAGUGAUGAGGAGGAGGAGGGAGAACAAGUACCAGCAGUGCAGCAGCCGGACAGGGCCAUUGCGGGAAGUGAGGGCGAAUUCGGCGAAGGCCCGAUAGUGCCGGACGAGAUUUUGGAGGCUCACAACAUGCUCGUCCCGGGCGUAGUGGAUCGGGGCACGCCGCACUACGAAGAGCACGACGAGUUUAGCAGCAGUUCGUUCGACAGUGACUCGGAAGAUGGGGAACCGUUCGCGGUGCGGCCAGAUUCGAACAGUUCACUCAAAACAGCUCGCGUAUCAAGCAUUCUACAGGAGCUGUUGGCAAACGAGGCGAACUACGUGCAAACGCUUGGCCGCGGGAUCGAAAACUAUGUCAGCAUAAUGGCGGGGAAAAACCUUCCCCCGGGACUGCGGGGCCAGAAGUAUCACAUCUUUGGAAACAUUGAAAAGAUUCAUAACCUUCACCAGAACCAGUUUCUGCCGAUGCUGGAGAGCAAUCGGGCUAGCAUAGCUGGCAUUGCGGAAACGUUCAUCUGGUUCCUGGAGAACGACAAGUUCUACUGCUACAUCAUGUUUGCGCUGAACCGUCCCAAGUCGGAGCGAAUAUGCAACAAGAACUUGGACUUCUUUCAGCGUCGCCAACAAGAGGUGGACGACAAGCUCGGCUUGAACAGCUUCCUGCUGCAGCCGAUCCAGCGGCUGCCCCGCUACAAACUCCUGCUAGCCGAGAUUAACAAGGAGAUCCUGAAGCAGCUCGAGGACACACUGCUGGAGUCGGUCAAGGACGAGAUCGGUAUCCUGUGCAAGGCGGAGAAGCGGCUCGAGCGCUUCAUCGACAUCGUAAACGAGGCGAUGAGCAUCAACGACAUCCAAGAGUGUUAUGAGGCCCCUACCAGCGUCCAGAUGGAGCUCAUGAAUCAGUGCCUUGCGAUCUCCGAUCUCUUCAGCAGUCCACUGCACGCACCGAUGGUGCUGAUACUGCGUCCCCAUCAGGAUCACAAUCCCUCGAAACGAGAACCUAUUAACCUGUUCAGUCAGGGCAAGUUCCGGAAAAUGUUCGAGGUUGACAUCUACGAUUGGGACCAUCGGCGGCGCUAUCCGGCGAAGCUGUUCCUGUUCGAACGGAGCGCCAUCUACGCGGAGAAGGUCAAAACCCAUCUCGAGUACCGCGGCCGGUACGACGAGUCGGAGAUCGGCAUGCACAACGAGAACCGCAACAAGGUGUAUCUGUACGCGCGAAAGCGUGGCAUACAGGAGAUCGAGGUGACCUGCGGCGACAUGAACGAGGCGCAGCGUCUGUCCACACACGUCGAGAAGAUGAUGUGCGAGUUUGCGGUGAACGAGCGUGACCGGAUCAACACGAUGGUGCGCCCCCGGAUACCGAGCGUGAUGACGAUCAAUCGACGCAGCGUUACCAGCAUGAUGUCCGGCACUGGUCCUGUGAAUAGUAUGCGAGAAAGCUACGAGUCCACCUCACAAACCACCUGGAGCACCGAUAAACCGAUCGCACAGCUUGCAAUUAUGCAGAAGAACUUUUGCCGAAUAUUGGCCGCUAACAGGCGCUACUACUUCCACGAUCUGCCGCAAGAGAUCGCGUCCCGUGUGGCGGAGUUUAUGCGCGUGUACGAUCGCAUACUGCAUUUCCACACCAAGCGCUUGUACGAGGAUUUGUCACGGGCCGACACUGGGAUCGAUGAGGUGUGCGAGAUGUUCAUUGGAUAUUUUAAGGAAGGUGUUUUUGAUGUCUACAAUGAAUAUAUAAGGCUGUUCAAACCAGCAGCGGAGAUUUUGAAAAAUGUCCAUAAAGCAGCGCGCUCCAGCAUUACCGACAGCAUGGUCGCACCGACGAUGGAUGAGUUUACCUUCCUGAGCGUCCAGCACUGGAACAAGCUGGAGCACUUCUUCCAGGCCCUGGUCGUGCAGCUGUCCGAGCAGCUCAACUCGGGCCACAUGGAGCAUCAGGACCUGUUUCGGAAGCUGGCCUACGUAGAGGUACAGGUUGCCGGGUUCCGCAAGCUGCUCUUCCAAAACUAUCGGCUCUUCAACAUGGACGAGAAGAUAUCGCCUGCCAAGCUCGGUCUGGUGCUGUACUCCGACCGGGUGCGGUAUGACAACGAAACGAUCAGCUCCCACCGGGUGCUGCUCUGUGACCGUGCGGUCGUCUGUGUUAAAUUCCAUUUCGUACGGGAAUUUGGACGCCAAACGGAAAAGUACACCGGGUUUGCUUUUAUCGACCGUUUCGGGCGCGAUGGACCGAGGAUGCCCAACGUGCGGAUUAGCAAAAAGUCCGAGGUGCGCCUGAACGUGGUCCAGAACGAAGCCAAACAUCCGAUUGACUUUGGCAAUACGGCCAACCGGGACAAGUUCUACGGACAGUACUGUACGGUGUUUGCCCGGCACUCUUAGAACGGAAAUUGGUUAUAGUAUAGCUGUAGCGUAUAGCCUCUCCUUUGUACCCCAAAACAAACUCGUAAUAAAUUCCCCGUGUUAGCAGUCUUUCUACUGCCAUUC